AUGGCGUUUUUUGACCUACACGACAAAGUCUCGGUGAUGCCAUUCGUAUUGCGGUUGAUGAAACUAUUCGGGAUGCGAGGAUCGCCAAAGGAUUUCGUUCGAUUCGUUUGUUUGAUUUUGUGGAUAUUUUUCGUUACUUUGAUCCCGAAAACGUUCUUCGGCUAUCGACCUGGGAUUCAAUAUCUGAUCAGAGGAAUCGCGGAACUAAUUUUCCAAUUCAAUAUAGCUGUCAAAAUGUUUUUGAUUGCCGCAAGGUUGAAGGAGUUUGAUAAAUUGAGGAGUAUUUUGAAUAAGUGGUAUAGGCGAGUCAUAAGUGUGGAUUCGUCAAGUGAAGCCGCUUCCUUGCUUAUCAGCACCAAUAAGAGAUGUGAUUUCUUCUCCAAAGGAUACUUUCUGUACAUUGAAAUUGCAGUAAUGCUCUACAAUAUUCUUCCACCUAUUCGAUCAACUUUGAUGUAUUUGAACCGUGAUAGGAAUAGCUCUGAGCCUUUGAUCUUUAUCACUCACAUGGAACAAGAAUUCUACGGGUUGGAUAUACACUCAAACAUCGCUCAUUACUGGUUUUUCUCAACCUGUGCAAUGAGUUCUUACAUUGUAUCUACCACGAGCAUGACAGUUCAAGCCACUCUUCUGUACUGUGCCUGUAACCACUGUUUCAGUUUGUUCAAAGUGGUAGCAAUUCGACUUAAAAGUUUACCGACCCAGGCCCCGGAAGCAGUUCAACAAGAACUUGGAGACAUUGUUAGCAUGCAUGUAGACGCGUUACGCUGCAUCGAACUGCUGGAGAAGAUUGUCAACCUAUCGGCCUUAGUUCAAAGCUCCUUUGUGACCGAUGCGAUCAGCAACUAUUUGUGGUACGAAGCUGACCUGAAGGUACGAAGAUCGUUGCUUAGAAUGCUUCAAAGGGCUCAAAAGCCGGUCGGGUUUUCAGCAGCAGGGUUCUACUUUAUCAACAUCGAACGGUUCGGCAAAAUGGCUCAAACCUCCUACUCAAUCUAUGUGGUCAUGAAGGAUUCACUUUGA